CCGGACGGGGUAGGUGCGCUGCCUGCUUCCCCCUCGGAGCGGCCCGGCGCGCGGGGAGGGGGCGAGCUCGCGGAAAAGGCGGGCGAAGCGAGGCCCUCGCGAAGGGAGGCUGAGAGCAGCUCGGCGGCGGCCGCCUCCCGCUAGGGAUUCAACAGUUAAUGAAAAAUUCAUGCAAGAGUACAGAUAAAGAAGAAAAAUCUAACCAUUAGAGAAAUGGCAGGAUUCCUAGACAAUUUCCGAUGGCCAGAGUGUGAGUGUAUUGACUGGAGUGAAAGAAGAAAUGCAGUUGCUUCAGUGGUUGCAGGUGUACUGUUUUUCACAGGCUGGUGGAUAAUGAUAGAUGCUGCAGUAGUUUAUCCUAAACCAGAACAAAUGAACCAUGCAUUCCACACCUGUGGAGUGUUUUCCACAUUAGCUUUUUUCAUGAUAAAUGCUGUAUCAAAUGCACAGGUGAGAGGAGAUAGCUACAGCGAUGGAUGUCUAGGAAGAACAGGUGCUCGCAUCUGGCUCUUUAUUGGUUUCAUGUUGAUGUUCGGUUCACUUAUUGCUUCAAUGUGGAUCCUUUUUGGAGCAUAUGUUACACAAAACACAAACGUGUACCCAGGAUUAGCUGUGUUUUUUCAAAACGCAUUGAUAUUUUUUAGUACUCUGAUCUACAAAUUUGGAAGAACAGAAGAAUUAUGGGGAUAAUAUAAUCAAAGUUAGCAUUAAUUCCAUGCCCUUUAUAUUGUAUUCAGUAUCUAGACAUUUGUUUUUACAUUUUGCCAAAUUCUCAGAUGUUGCAUUAAAUAUUUUUGUUAAUGUUCUUUUGCUUUCUCUAAAUUGAAUGAACUAUGAGAUUUUCAAAAAUGGUUUGAUAGUUUUCUGUAAUUAGUUCCCUUUUUUCAUAAAGAGAUUUGUGAAUAUGUACAUUAUAGAGCUGUGUAUGUAUAUAUCUUAAAGCGAAUGUUAAAUUUUUUUUAUUUCUGAAGUUUUUAUUUCUUCUAUCAUACAUGAGCUUGCAACACCAUGUAGGAACUGAUCCUGCAAUCCCUCACACAUGAGAGACAAACUUCAGUUGAACUACUCAAGCAAGUAAAAGUUUGCAGGAUAAAGCCCAUGCUGUAUCAAAUCAACUUUUAUGCACUGGUGGGCUGUAGCUGAUUUUACAAGCUAUGCAGCAAUGCCAAGUUGGAUACCUCAAAGUAGAAGUGAGCCCUUCAAAGUUCUCAGCUAAGAGGAAAAAAUCUUGAUUAGAUCCUGGGCUAAGAGUGAGAUAUUAAGAAGAAUUUUAUAUAAAGGUUUGAAAAAAGUCAAAUUCAGAAUAGCUUUUGAACUAUUUUUAAAAGGUGAAGACUUUUUAACAAGGUCCUAUAAUAAAGGGACAAUUUGAAUGACCAGUUUUAUUUUCAGUCCUGUCAUUAUUAUAGCACAAAUACAAUUUACUGAGAUGAUUCUUGUAAAAUUCAACACUCAUGUCUAGUGUUCAAUAACUUAUUACCAUUACUUUAUUUACCAUUACAUUCAA